CUGUAGAAGGAGGUAUUGCGAGUUCGAACCGAAGUGUGAAACACAGAGAAGGCUUCCUCUCGCCAGCUGUUAUAUUUGGAGCAGAAAGAAGCCUUCUCUCUUCUCCACCCAAACCUACUGGUUUUCUUUCUCGUUCUUCCUUCUAUUGAGGCUUUUUUCCAAAUCCUCAUGUAGAAUGGCUUUGAUUUGCUGAUUUCGCUCUCGAUCUGGAUUCUGGACUCGGGAGGUGCAGUUUCAGGGGUUUUGAUCAGAAAUUUCGACUUGUUGGAGUUUCUGAAGUUUCUGUUUCUGCAUCUAGGACGAUCGAAGUCGUCAAAAAACCUGUAAGUUUCCCUGAUCUCCAGAGAUCCAGUUUGUUUUUUUCUCUUCUUUUGCUUGGUACUGGACCAAUUUGAAGCUGCGAUCAAGAGAGAGAAAGAGAGAGUAAAAAUACAACGAAAUAGAGUAAUUGUUUCUAGUAUCUGUGAUCUUUUGUUAGCUUGACCCGUCUCGGUCCAAUGACGGUGGAGACGGAGGAGCGCUCUGGAGUUUGUGAGGUUUCUAAAGUUGAAAUUGAGGAAAAUCUCUCUUCAAAUUUGAGUUCCUACGAAGAUCUGGCGAAGGUCGGUGGUGAGUACAAUGGCAUUGUACAUGAUGGCGUGGAGGAGAUUGAUGGUGAUGUGAAGGACGACGGUGACGGUUCUUAUGUUUUCGUCGAUGGGCCAGAUGCGGUUUCCGACGAACUCGAACAAAAGGAUCUCGUUGCGGACCCUGUGGCAGAUCCUGCUGAAACUGUCGAGACAGUGCCCGUCGUUGAGGGAGAAACCGUCUUCAAAUCGAAUGAUGGUUUUGAGAGUGGGGAGAAACAGCUUGAAGUUGGGGAAUUGAAGAUUGAUAAUGUAAGCUACGAUCAAUCUCCCAUAGAUAAUAGUUGCAAUAAUGACGGGAGUGUGGUUUCGUCCUCAACCAAUGGUACCAUUGUAGAGAAUUCGGAUUCCCAAUCAGAAGAAAGCGAAAUGGAAAAAAAUGAUACGAAUAAUGAACAAAACAAAGCAGUUGUAGUGCCGGAUGUAGGAGUUAAUCAGGAAACUGUAUUCACGACCACAGAGAUUGUUGAAUCCAAAUUGCCUCAGCUUGAUCGUGAUGAGGUGGAGAGGCAAAAUGGAACAGUUCCUUUGGCAGAGGUAGAAUCUGCUGAGGCGGAAGAGAAUAUGGAGUCAAUUACUGUCAAGGAGGCUGUUGAAUGUGAAUUGCAACAGCUUGAUAAUGAAGAGAAGGUCGCAGUGGUUGACAGUGCGGAGAAGAAUGAGGAGCAAUGUAAAUUAGAUUCAGCUACAGAGGUAAAAGAAAACCAACUGGAAGGAAACAAAAUGGAUAAUAAUGAUACAGAUGAUGUUGAAAACAAAGUAGUUGUAGCGCCAGAUGAACAAGGUAUACAGGAAUCUAUAGUCACGACUACAGAGGCUGUUGAAUUCAACUUGCCUCAGCUUGAUCAUGAUGAAGUGGAGAUGCAAAAUGGGGCAGUUCCUUCGGUGGAGGUAGAAUCUGGUGUGGUGGAAGAGAAUGAUGAGUCUAUUGAUAUCAAGGAAGCUGUUGAAUGCAAAUUACAACAGCUUGAUAAUGAAGAGAAGGUUGAGGAGGUUGACAAUGUGAAGAAGAACGAGGAACACUGUAAAUUAGAUUCAGCUACAGAGGUAGAAGAAAGCCAACUUGAAGGAAGCGGAAUGGAAAAGAAAACUAUAGAUGAUGAACAAAACAAAGCAGUUGUAGCACCUGAUGCAGAAGGUAAUCAGGAAUCCAUAUUCACGACCACAGAGGCUGUUGAAUCCAAAUUGCCUCAGCCUGAUCGUGAUGAGGUGGAGAAGCAAAAUGGGACAGUUCCUUUGUCAGAGGUAGAAUCUGGUGAGGUGGAACAGAAUAAUGAGUCCAUUACUGUCAAGGAGGCUGUUGAAUGCGAAUUACAACAGCUUGAUGAUGAAGAGAAGGUCGAGGAGGUUGACAGUGUGGAGAAGAAUGAGGAACAAUGUAAAUUAGAUUCAGCUACGGAGGUAAAAGAAAACCAGGAAUCUGAAAUGAUGGCUAAGGCUGAAUCUGAGGCACAUCAGCACCACGAUGGGGAAGAGGUAGCCGAGGAGCCAAGGAAAUUAGACUUGGCUAAGGAAGAAAAUCAGGAAUCUCAAGUGACGGAUAUAAAGGAUAUUGAGUUAGAGUUUGGUCAGCUUGACAAUAGGGAGGCCAAGGACCCAGAAGUCACUGAUGAGAUUCCUGUGGACAGUCUUUCAGGUGGCAUCGGGUUGGAAACGACAACAGGUCCUGUAAAUACACAGUUAGAAGGAGAAGCUCUUAGUGGCUCCAUUGAAAGUGGAGAGAGCUUGCCCAGUGGCCCAGUUGCUUCAGAAACUGAAGUUAUUAAUGAUUUGGCUGUAUGCGGAAACAUGACAUGUUCUGCACAUUUUGAAACAAAAUCCGAGAAUGUAGAUGGUUCCGCCAAAAAUCCUGAAAGCUCUCUUGAUGAAGUGGAACAAGAAACUGAAGUCAGAAAUGUGUCUGUUGAAAAUGGUGAAAGCUUGCCUAAGGACCCUGUAGAUAAUACGAUGUCAGAAGCUGAAGUUAGAAAUCCUUGUGCUGAAGUCAGUGAAAUCUUACCUGUCGAAGGUGCCAAGUUGGAAACUGUAGUUGCAAAUGGGUCCACUGAUGUAGUUGAAAGCAGACCUACUUGCAUAGCUGGUGAUGGAAAGUCAGAAACUGAUAUUAUCAAUGGUUCGGUUGAGGUUGACAUGCCUAUACCUAGUCCUACUGAGAAUUUGGAGAUAAAAUUGGAAGUUAUGAAUGGUUUUGCUGAAACAGCCAGAAGCCUGCCUAGUUGCUCCGUUGAUGAUGCUGAGGGAGAAUCUGAAGUUUUGAAUUGUCCUUUCGAGGGUGAGAUUAGCUUUCCUGUUUGUCAUGUUGCGGAUGUGGAACUAGUAUCUAAAGCUGCAAAUGGAUCUGUUGCAAGUGGUGAUGCGCCUCCUGCAGAUUCUGUGAACUUAGAAGCCAUUGUUCAAGAUGGCUCUGUUGAAAAUGGUGUGGCAGCAGCUCACAUUGUCAAUGAUGCUGAAAAUGAAGCAACACAGUCCACUAGUGAAGAUACUGAUGGUAAACCAAUCUAUCAAGGAGUUGAUACUGAAGGGAUUCAGGGGGAUGAGAGCCCACAAUCAUCCACCAAGGGUUCCACUGCUGAUGCUGUGGAGGAACAGAAGGUGGAUGCAGAGGUGGUGAAAAGGCCAUUCAAUUUCUUGAUCAAAAGUCCAAGAUUUGUUGAUGACAAACUUAGAGAACAGAUUGGACUUGCUCAGCUACAGGUUGAGGAGAAGACUCAAAGCAGGGAUGCUAUGAGAGCUACAAUUCAAACGACAAGGGCAACUUGUAACGAGUACCGGGAUAGAUUUGAGGCUGCCAAAUCAGAGGAAAGAAUUGCCCGUGAUGCUCUCAACGUCAAACGUCAGGAAAUAGAUUCUGUUCAAUCAGCAAUUUCCAUUGAUGAUAUUGAUGAGAGGAUACAUAAUAUGGAACAUAUGAUACAACAUGAAACUAUGCCUUUGAAAGAAGAAAAACAACUCAUACGUGAAAUUAAGCAAUUGAAAAAUCUUCGGGAGCAAUUAUCUUCUCAUAUGGGUAGACAGGAUGAACGUCAGCAGGCAUCAGACCAGAGAGACAGAAUUGAAGAGCGUUUUAAGCUUCUGAAACAGGAGUUGGAGUCCCUGAGGAAAAAAGUUUCUCAAACUGAAGGGAUAACAAAGGUUGCAAGGGCAAAAUAUUUUGAUGAAAAUGAAAAGCUAAGAAAAUUGCAAUCCCAGUUUAAAGCUGCGGAUGAUCUUCGUCAAGAGGCAUAUGCACAUCUACAGAAUCUCCGGAAAGAAUUGUAUGAGAAGAGCAAACAUUUUCGAAUGUACAAGGAUGAACAGAGGGCUGCCAGUGAUUUUGCAUCUGCUGGAGAUAGGGAGGCUCUCCAACAUCUAUGUGUUACCCAGGUGGAUAGAGUAAUGGAGCUAUGGAACAAGAAUGAUGAGUUCCGGAAAGAAUACAUCAGAUGCAACACAAUGAGUACAUUAAGGAGGUUGAGGACAUUGGAUGGUAGAUCACUUGGCCCUGAUGAGGAGCCUCCUGUCAUACACACUGUUGUGGAUGAAAGAGUUCAAAAUGCUCUUGCAGCCUCAUCCCAUAUAGAUUCUAAAUUGGUCAUUUCACCUUCAGAACCAGAAAAAUUAGUUGUACCCCCAGGAGCUGAAAAGGGAGAUAUCAAGUCUGUUGUGAAGGUGCAACAGGAGAAUGCAACUACUAAGCUGAAGAAGGCCUCUAAACCCACUGCUAUGGAAAAUGGCUUGGCAACUUUUUCUGGAAGGGAGGAGAAAGAGGAGGUGGAAGAAGAGAACAAGAAAUCGAAAGAGGAAGAGGAGUUGGUGAGGAAAGCAGAGGAGUUGAGAAGGGAAGAAGCUGCAGCCAGAGUGAAGGAACAGCGUCGUCUGGAGGAGAAGGCCAAAGCCAAGGAGGCAGAGGAGAGGAAGAAACGUAAUGCAGAGAAAGCCCAGGCAAGGGCUGAAUUGAGAGCACAGAGGGAAGCCGAGCUCAAAGAGAAGGAAAGAGAGAAGAGGGCAAAGAAGAAGGAAAAGAAGAAGGUAGCUGUAGCUGAGGUAGCUAAUGUUGGCCCUGAUGGAGAAUCUGCUCCAAGCACUGAGAACACUCCAUCUGAAAGUAGUGCCUGUGAACCCGAAAUCAAGGAGAAGAACAUGCCAGUGGUGAAGAGGCCUCAGAAACCGUCACUACUGGCAAAGCAGACUAGAACAAAGCCUCUCCCUCCACCUCUUCGUAACAAGGGUAAGAGAAGAAUGCAAACAUGGAUGUGGUUUCUUAUUCCAACCCUGGUUGUUCUUGCCUUGUUCUUCUUGGGAAGCAUGGGUGUUUCUUUUAAAUUUGGUCUCCCGAGUUUUGGCUUCUAAAUAUAUCAACCUAUAAAGUAAGUAUUAUAUAUUGAGUAUUGGUUGUGGUUUACCCAUAGAAAUAUAGGCCAUUCUUUUCUGCACUAGAUGUGUGGUCUUUUUUUUUUUCUGGCACUCCCCCUCCAGAAAUUCUAGUCAGUUGUUACAAAGACCCCCCAAUUUUUAUACGUAUACUCUGGGGAGAUUGGUUUUCUGUUAUUUGGUAUCAACAAAAAUAAUUGAUUUCAGGUAUUGUUUUCGUGUAAUAUAAUGAAAUAAGAAGAUUAUGAUUUUUUUUUCUUUGGUUGGAAUUUGACUGUUCUGUAAUUACAUUGACGUUUAUAAACAUUAAAUAUAGUUUGUUUUAUUAAUCCCA